GGCAUGAGUGAGAGGAACUUUUGCACCAGAAGAACCUUUUGCAAAGGGUAGGGUGAACGAACUUAUAAAUGCAAUUAUUCUUUCUCACGAUCUAAUAAAAACCAAUCGUUCGCGUCUCCCGUUCAAAUAAAGCCAGCCGGCAAACGAGAUCGUGCUGUCGUAUUUUUAAAAAUUCAAAUUAAAAUUCUGAAAGAUCGCGCGAGAAUACCAAACGAAAGACAUUUUUGCGUCUCACACAAUACGUAAAAGUUGCAAUGGUGGUGUCGUGCGCAGCAAUUAUUUUGCUUGUGAUCGGUCAGUUGUACGGACAGUUGGUCCACGGUGGAAUUGACCAAACAACAGGUCAACAGUAUAUUUCAUCCCAAGACAUCAAUUUGCAAAUUUUGCAACAGCAAGGCGUAAGGACGCAAGCGAAACCGGUGGAGGAAAACGCCAAUGAUCCUAAUAAUGCUCAACCGCGUGUCUUAACGCCAAGGGUGCAGCUACUACUACCAACGGCGGCAGACAAACAGGUUCAGAAGGCUGCAGCUUAUAUCGCAGGUCCGCAGUUUGCACAAGAAAUACAGUUGGCUCAGCAAGCAGCUCAAGCCGCAGAUGCCCAAGCAGCCGCGCAAAGACGUGCGCAGACACAGGCUCUUCGCCAAAGUCAACAAUAUCAGGCCGCAUCACAACCGCAAUACGUGCAGGCGCAGUAUGCAGAACCUCAACAGUACAGUCCAUCUCAAUACGCUUCAACAAAUAUAGAUCCUCAAUAUGUCAGAGAACCAACACAAUCGAUCCAGCAAAGACCCCAAGAAGAAGCAGAAGAUUAUGAUCCAAAUCCAUCCUAUCAGUUCGGCUUCUAUGUAAAAGACGACGUCAACACGAAUUAUCAAAACAGGAAGGAACAGAGGGAAGGAAACACAAUAUCUGGAAGCUAUUCUGUCGUUGACUCCGACGGCUUCCUUCGAACUGUAAAGUAUACAGCACACCCGAAGGAAGGAUUUAAGGCAGAGGUCAUCAGAAAACCGACAGAUAUUGUAGUUAAGGUUCCACCUCCUUACACGGACCGAGAAUCACGUCAGAAAUUAGAACAGGGAAUACCAAAUAAUGACCAAGGUCUACAAGAACCAAGGCAGAAAUAUGUUUACCAGUAUCAGUAAAUAUACGGUAGUAAAUUUUAAAUAGAUGUUGUACUAUAAAAUGCCAAUAACUAUCCUAACAUUUAUGUGUUUUCUAUUUUGUUAAUGUGUGAUAAGUUUACUUUUAC